GUAUAAAGCACACUGCUCUGCAGCAUUUCUGAACUGGUGCAGUGCCGGUUCAUCUCCACUAAUGGUGUGCAGAACAAGGGGGACUUAAAGAGAAAAACUUCUCCAACCAACAAAACAUUAACAUCAUUUGAAAACCAAACAAAAAGCAACAACAAAAAAAAUCCUGCAUCAUGAGCUUUGACCCUUUCAUCUCCUCCUCCCUCUCCCGGCGAUGGGAAGAUUCCCCCUCCAGCAGAACCACCUACCGGCUCUCCCGGGGGCCCCUAUCAUCCUCCAGGUGGCCGACGCGCUUGGAGCCGCUGCAGCGCUGGGAACAGAGUGACCUGAGUCAGGCGAGCAUAGUGAACGCAGAGCUGCUGGAGCUGCGGGCCCAAGAGCGAGAGCAGCUGGUGGGUCUGAACAACCGCUUCGCAUCCUACAUCGAGAAGGUGCGACACCUUGAGCAACAAAACCGGGUGCUGCUCCUACAGCUGGAGGGCCUCCGGCGCAGGCAGAGUCAGCCGUCCCGUGUGCAGCAGCUCUACCUACAGGAGGUACGGGGCCUCAGGGAGCAGCUGCACCAAGAGGCCCAGAAUAAAGCCAUGGAGGCACAGAGGGAGAAAUUGCGGGAGGUGCAUGCACAGCUGCACGAGCGCUGGGAGGAAGAGGCGCAGCGGCGUAGCCGGGCAGAGGUAGAGGUGCAGAGGUUGCGGGAGGAGGCGGGUCAGGUCGCACUGUGCAGCUGUGAUGCAGAGGCCAACGUGGUCUCCCUGGCCCAGGAGUUGGCCUUCCUGAAGCAAGUGUUUGCGGAGGAGCAGGAGGGGCUGAGGGUCCAGCUACAGGUUGCCAGCCUCAGCGUGGAGCUGGACACAAGAGGACCGGACCUGUCGGCAGCUCUGAGAGAGAUCCGAGUGCAGUAUGAGAGCCUGGCUGGACGCAACAUGCAGACCGCCGAAGCCUGGUUCCGGGGGAAGGUGGCGAGCGUAGUGGAGCUGACAGAUAAGCAGGAGGAGGCUGUGCGCUUGGUACGUGAGGAGACCGCUGAGUAUCGACGGCUGCUGCAGUCCCGUUCGGCUGAGGUCGAGGCACUGAGGAAUGUCAUCGAUUCUCUGAAUGCACAACUAGGGGAGCUAGAGGAGACACAGUCCACUGAGGUCACCAAGUACCAGGAGAGGAUAAGUGACCUAGAGAGGGACAUUGCGGAUGCAAAAGAGGAAAUGUCACGCUAUUUGCGGGAGUAUCAAGAUCUGCUUAACGUGAAGAUGGCUUUGGAUGUUGAGAUUGCAGCUUACAGGAAACUCCUGGAGGGAGAAGAAAUUCGAUUUACGUAUUCCACCCUACCAGCCCUAGCCUAAACCCCUAAAACACAAAACCCUAGUAACUCACAUUCAUCAUAUUCAUAUUUUGAAUACUGUUGAGUCAGACCCACAUAAAUCAACCCCCCCCCCCCCCCAAAACCCCUAUUAACCUGGACCCACCAUUUAAGACCCUUGUUGCCAAAUCCAUAUCCAAAACCUUUACAUUUACUUCCGAUCCUAGUUCUUUAGUUAAUUCCACCCAAAUUCCACCAUCUAUCCAUGAAACUAAACCGCAGCAUAUCAUCGCUUUAAAGUCAAACGAGCCCUUGUGUCACACAAGAGGUACACAUAAUGAGGUCCCCCUUCUUCUUUACACUUGAAAAUGGACAAAUGACCACCUUGGAGACAAAGCUAAGGGUAGCACUCACUCAGCCAGAGCUCAGUGUCAUGUUGGCAGAUUCUCGCGGAGGACCUUAGAUGGUUUAACUUAAAGAAUACUAUAUUGUUCUGCAAAUAGUUUUCACUAAAUUGUCAUUUUUUAAUGUUUCAUUCCCAGCGCCCAUUGAAAAUCAGGUUAGGCUAUGAUCCCCUAUAUGCAAACUUUUAACCAAUUGUUUGUUGAGGUGAAUCAUUGUUUAGUCUCAGCUCACUUUGGGUGCUAGAAAUGGACUAAAGCCAAUUUGUUAAUUCGACAUUAGACCAAGAAAUUAAGAAUCAGUCAACAGGACACUGUCCACCAUCCCUGGCUCUUAGAUUACAUGUAGUUAGUGCAACAGUUAAGUUUUAGCUAUGUUAGUUAAGUUAGAAUGUGUUCAUUUUAGUAAAUGUUGUAGUAAUAUUUCAUUUGCUAUAUGUCUGUGUUCCGCUUCUCAUAUGUUUGUUUGGUUGAGAAUAUUUGAUUCUUUUGUUUUAGCGUUUAGUGUUUGACUUGAUAAAAGCAUGACUGAAAAUCAAGAGUAGAAAUAAAAGCUCUAGAAUUGGAGUUUUUGACUCAUGGUUAAAAUACAACUAUCAUGGUUUCAUCUGCUUUUGUUGUGUCAUCUAAGUUACAAUAUAUGUCAAUUAACAGUAAUUUGGAAAUAAACAAGAAACCGAGUCUGUUUAUCAUGACAGUCUCUGAACUGAAUGGUGCUGUAUGUUUGCACCUAAAAUACAUGCUGAAUAAAGCAACAGUACCUCUUCUG